AUGGUGUCAGCGUCGUCGAACGGGCAUCGUAAGAAACACAAGAAAGUCAAAAAGUGCUCCAAACGUACACCUGUCAACUUGCAGCCCAAUUUCAAUCGUGAUACUGCAUGUGGGGACUUUCAUUUACACAGUUUGUGUAGCGACGGCAAGCUCAAGCCCAGUGAAGUUAUAACCAAAGCAGCAGCCAAUGGGGUCACGUACAUGGCUCUUACAGACCACGAUACAAUGGCUGGAGUGAGUGAAGCCAUUUCUGCAGCACAGGAACUUGGCGUGCUCGUGAUUCCCGGUGUUGAAAUUAGUGCUGAGGUAAAAGGUGGAGAGAAUCUGCAUAUUCUAGGAUACUUCCAUCCAGGAUCGAAUAGUUUGGAGCUUGAGAAGCAACUAUUAAAGAUCCGAACAGGAAGACACAAGCGCGGCAAAGGAAUGCUCAAGAAAUUGGAGUCGAUGGGGAUUCGAUUGGAGUGGGAACGAGUUUUAGAAAUUGCAGGAGAAGCUGCUCCUGGACGACCGCACGUUGCUGAGGCUCUAGUAGAAGCUGGUCAUGUUUCUAAUUUUCGACAAGCAUUUGCGCGAUACCUGCAUAAUGAUGGUCCUGCUUAUGUUGAGGGUGAACACUUUCCUCCUGACGAAGCUAUAAAGCUUAUUGCAAGCGCUGGUGGGAUCUCUGUUCUCGCACAUCCGUGGUGCUGUAAGGAUCCCAUGACCCUCGUUCCCAAAUUGGCCAAAAUGGGAAUUCAGGGCAUUGAGGUUUAUCAUGACACAAAUAAAAUUGAAAUGUAUGGAAAUCUGGCGAAAGAAUCUGGUUUACUGAUGCUGGGCGGUUCAGAUUUUCACGGUAUCGAACCAACAACAGAGCGAGCUCCAGGCGCUAUCCCGUUUCCUCGUUUGCACGUUGACCGCUUUUUAGCUCAUGCACAAAAGAUUUGGGAACGCCCAUUGGUAAAGCAACUGCAAUCUAUGGUGAAAGCCAUGAAGAUGGCAGACCAUGAGACUUCAACAUCUGAGCAAUUGCUAAUUUGGAGGGAACAGAUGCCUGUAGUUCAUCAAACGUUAGCUGAGUUCGGCAUGGGCGUUGAGCAAGUAGAGAUUAAGGAUACGCUUGCGAAAGAAAAUCCCGAGACUGAGAGUCACUACUGUAGAUUUCGCAUUAUCGAUUUCAACCGAUGA